CGCGCUCCCUCCCUCCCUCCCUCGCUCCUGCCUGACUAGUGACUAAAAGUGGACGUGCUUCUUCUGCCUCGCUGUUUCUUAUUCUCAGAACCUGUGACUGGGAAUUUCUUUUUGCGCAGCAAAGUUGGAUCCAUCAAACCGGUGCUCAUCAUUGUUUUCCGCUCAUUUGGGGGCGACGGGGUGAUGCCGAGUGCACAGGAUCCAAUUUGGAAUACAACUUGUGCAGCGCGCUGGCAUGGCGCGUCGGCUGUUUCACGGAUUGGAUAAAGGCCGUUUCUUUCUGUCAUGGUGUCAAUACUCGCGGUGAGUUCGCCUGGAGAACUAUGGAGGACACCAAGAGACUUUCCUUCCAUCUCCUGCUUGCGGCGCAGCUUUGCCUGAGCUCAACGCAAGUCCUCCGGAUCGGUGGUAUUUUUGAGACCCGGGAGAGCGAGUUAGUGAGCAUGGAUGAGCUGGCAUUCAAGUUUGCCGUGAACAACAUAAAUCGCAACAAAAGUCUGAUGCCCAACACUACUCUCACCUACGACAUUCAGAGGAUCAACCUUUUCGAUGGCUUUGAAGCUUCCAGGAGAGUGUGCGACCAGCUGGCUCUCGGGGUGGUCGCGGUGUUCGGCCCGUCUCACAGCUCCUCCGUCAGUGCUGUUCAGUCCAUCUGCAACGCUCUGGAGGUUCCUCACAUUCAGACGCGCUGGAAACACCCGUCGGUGGACAACAAAGACACCUUCUUCAUCAACCUGUAUCCCGAGUACACUGCCAUCGCCAGAGCCAUCCUGGACGUGGUCACUUUCUUCAAAUGGCGGAAGCUGACGGUGGUCUACGAGGACGGCACCGGUCUGAUGCGGUUGCAGGAGUUGAUCAAAGCUCCGGCAAAGUUCAACCUGAAGAUCAAGAUCCGCCAGCUGACUCCUGGCAACCAGGACGCCCGACCGCUGCUCAAGGAACUGAAAAAAGACAAAGAGUUUUUUAUUCUCUUUGACUGUUCCUAUCGCAUGGCGGCGGAGCUCCUCAAACAGCUCUCAUCCAUGGGAAUGAUGACAGAGUACUACCAUUUCUUCUUCACGACGUUGGAUUUGUUUGCGCUGGACCUGGAGCCUUUCCGCUACAGCGGCGUCAACAUGACGGGCUUCCGGCUGCUCAACGUCGAUGACCCGCGGGUGGCGUCCACGAUGGACAAGUGGGCCACGGAGCGGCUGCAGGGCCCCAAACAAGAGAGUGGCUUGGUGGACGGAAUCAUGACCACGGAUGCGGCCUUGAUGUACGAUGCGGUGUUCAUGGUGGCCGUCGCGUCGCAGCGGGCCACACAGAUGACCGUCAGCUCCCUGCAGUGUCACCGGCACAAACCGUGGCGCUUCGGACCUCGCUUCAUGAACCUCUUCAAAGAGGCACAGUGGGAUGGACUGACAGGCCACAUUGUUCUUAACAAGACCGAUGGCCUGAGGAGAGACUUUGAUUUGGACAUCAUCAGCCUCAAAGAGGACGGCACUUCCAGGGUUAUUGUGGAGGGCGGAAGUCCCCUCACGAAAAGGUGGAUCAAGAUUGCUGUGUGGAACUCGUACAGGGGGAUGAACCUGACGGAGAAGUCCAAAAGAGAGAAUAAUAACAAUGUGACGGACUCUCUGGCCAACAGGACUCUCAUUGUCACCACAAUACUGGAGAAUCCAUAUGUGAUGCAGAGAAAGUCCGACAAGGAACUGAUUGGGAAUGAUCGUUUUGAGGGUUACUGCCUGGACCUUUUGAAAGAGCUCUCGAACAUCUUAGGUUUUACAUAUGAAGUCAGACUGGUGGGUGAUGGGAAAUACGGCGCCCAGAAUGACAAAGGGGAGUGGAAUGGGAUGGUGCGGGAGCUGAUUGAUCACGUUGCAGACCUUGCUGUGGCCCCUUUGACCAUCACAUAUGUUCGAGAGAAAGUCAUUGACUUCUCCAAGCCUUUCAUGACCUUAGGUAUCAGUAUCCUAUACCGGAAACCUAACGGCACCAACCCAGGCGUGUUCUCCUUCCUUAAUCCCCUGUCUCCGGACAUCUGGAUGUACGUGCUGCUAGCCUGCACAGGGGUUAGCUGUGUGCUCUUUGUCAUUGCCAGGUUUACUCCAUACGAGUGGUACAACCCACAUCAGUGCAACCCGUCCUCAACCCUAAUACAGAACAACUUCACUUUACUCAACAGUUUCUGGUUUGGUGUUGGAGCUCUUAUGCGGCAAGGCUCAGAACUGAUGCCCAAGGCUUUGUCCACUCGCAUAGUUGGAGGUAUCUGGUGGUUCUUUACCUUAAUCAUCAUCUCCUCCUACACGGCCAACUUGGCCGCCUUCCUCACGGUGGAGCGGAUGGACGCGCCCAUCGACUCGGCAGACGACCUGGCAAAGCAGACCAGGAUUGAAUAUGGGGCGGUGAGGGAUGGAUCCACCAUGACCUUCUUCAAGAAAUCAAAGAUCUCCACAUACGAGAAGAUGUGGGCGUUUAUGAGCAGCAGGAAGAACACAGCGUUGGUUAAGAACAACAGAGAAGGCAUCACGCGGGUCCUGACGACGGACUACGCCAUGCUGAUGGAGUCCACCAGCAUCGAAUACAUCAGCCAGAGGAACUGCAACCUUACACAGAUUGGAGGUCUCAUCGACUCUAAGGGCUACGGAGUGGGAACACCUAUUGGGUCCCCAUACAGAGAUAAGGUGACCAUUGCCAUCCUUCAGCUGCAGGAGGAAGGGAAGCUGCACAUGAUGAAGGAGAAGUGGUGGAGAGGCAACGGCUGUCCAGAGGAGGACAACAAGGAAGCCAGUGCUCUGGGCGUGGAAAACAUCGGCGGCAUCUUCAUCGUCCUGGCCGCCGGACUCGUCCUGUCCGUGUUCGUGGCCAUCGGAGAGUUCAUCUACAAGGCGCGUAAGAACGCUGACAUAGAGGAGUGCGUAUCUUUUAGUUCCCGGAUGGAGGAGUUGGGCAUGUCCCUGCAGUGUUACAAGGGCAUCCGCAGGAGGUCGCGACCCCACAGUGAAGCAAGGACAGCCUGCGUCCUCUGUCAGUCAAAACGCACUGCAAAGAGGGAGGGAUCACGACGGGACUCCAGCCCUUGAGCCUUGGAUCUACAAAGCUAAAGGAACUUUGAUCUCAUCAGUCCUCCACUCCUGAAAUGUGUUUAUGGCCAUCAAAUGAUAUGAAGGUGUUUUUUCAUCACCCCCGUCUUUAUCUGUUGGGUCAAUACAUUAAGCAUUAUACUGUAGAUGUACUGUAGUUAAUUAAGUCUUGGCUUGUAUCAACAUUGAUAAUAAUAAUAUAGGGAAUAACUACUGUAAACCAUUGCUGUUCCCUCAUCCCUGUGGUUCAUUUUUCUAAGCGGUUUGCUAAGCAGAAUCUGCAAACUUCAUAGAUCUUCUCAUUGUGUAAAUGUAAGACAACAUGACUUGAUUUUCAAAGUAAAAAGCCUUUUUGCGUUUUUUAAACCACAGACCGAUUCUCUGUUGUUGUGGUUUGUGCUUGGCAGUGGUGUUUGCGCAUGUUCCUUUGUGUGCCUAUUGGCAAGCAGCAAAGUAGCUUCUGCGCGGACUGCUGAGCCAACCUUGGACAGGGAAAAGGGAUAAGGACCUCUAAAGAAAACCCGGAACACGCCUGCUGUUUUAUACCCUUCAAGCACCGACACCGCAGACCGCAAACAACCUCCCUCCUUCCCCAGCGCACGCACACACACACACACACACACACACACACACCUUCACAAAUGCUUGUGAUCAUGAAAUGUUGCUGUCCGUGCAUCUGAAAAAGAAUAUGAUACUAGUUGAUCCUUCUCCGGAGAAGAAGAAAGUGAAAAACAGGUAUUUUUUUUAAUGCAUGAAAUUCUCCGGAGGUCAAAGACAAUUUCCUUUAUUCCUCUGCGAGUGGACGUGUUGUUUUUUCAAUCAGUCAAUUUAGUCAUUUUGGUUCGGUUUGCAGUUGUCAAAUUGGAAAGCCCGAAGGGGAGAUCUUGUCUCCGAAUGUUGACAGUGGAAGUGUGCAACUACAACAGAGAGUAGCUUUUCUGCAAGUACUUUACAGGCUUAGUCUGCGUGUUGUGUAGCGCUUAAAAAAAGAUUUCAAAGAGAAUUAGUAAUAACUAAUAAUUCCAACAAAUGUUCCCAUAUAAAAUGUUCCUAAUAGAACUAGGUAAUUUUCAAAACUAAAUUUGCCUUCACACUACUUUUAUAUUUUUAUGGACACAUUUAAAAAGUCUGUCACAUCUCCCUAACUUUCAUUGCGUUCUGAGCUUAAAGCUAUAUUAGGAACUUUUGUAUAUCUGGGAAAAACAAACAAAUUGGAUGAGAUUCACCCUCUUUGUCCCUCUACCGGCUCUUAACCCUCUAAUCACCUUUGGUCCUGCUGUACACCUGCUUUGUACUCUUGUCAAUACACUUGACAAGUACAAUGUGUAUUUUUGGAAUAUCCUAUUGAAGCCAAUCGUUGGCUUCAUGACAUUUUUGAAAUGCUGUCAUCAAUAAAAUCAAAAAGCAGGUAAAGAACACAACCAUUCUUUACAAACAAUUAUAUUGACAAUGUCUGAAGUGGGAAAUGUCAAUGGAGCACCUUCAGCAUUACAUCUCAAUACAAUUCAUUAUCAAGAAUGUCAGGAGCUGACCUAGCAUUUCCAGCAAAUGCAUGACAUUUGAAACAAGAACGUGCAAUAAAUGUAUUUAAAUAGUA